UGUGUAUAUGUGUGUUUUUGUUACGAAUGUAUCUAUAUGCUUUGCGUUUGUUAACGUUUUCGAUUUUGUAUUUGUAAAUAAGAAAAGUAGUAAAAAUUGGUGAUCAGAGGAGAUGGAUCUGGAGAUGGGGCUGAGGUGCAAAUCUAGCCCAAAUAUAAGAAAUCCUUCUCACGAGCCUUCCUCGCCGUCUCCAUCACCGUCGCCGCGAACGCCGGCAUUGGUGGUUUCGAAUUCCAAUAAGUCGCUGGUGGGGUCGAACUCUGCUAAGUCUCUAUUAUCGCUUUCGAAUUCCGGGAAGGCUCUAUUGAUGUCCAGUCCCGGGAAGAAGAAGUACGUGAAACAGGUGACCGGCCGGCACAAUGACACGGAACUGCAUCUAGCGGCUCAGCGCGGGGAUGUGGCGUCAGUGAUGUUGAUCCUGGAGGAGAUUGACGCGCAGAUGCUCAAGACGAUGAGCGGAGCUGAGUUUGACGCGGAGGUGGCGGAGAUUAGAUCAGCGAUGGUGAAUGAGGUGAACGAGUUGGGGGAGACCGCCCUGUUCACCGCCGCCGAGAGGGGCUACAUUGAUGUGGUGAAGGAGUUGCUUCCGUACACCACCCAAGAGGGGAUUACUACUAAGAAUAGGUCAGGUUUCGAUCCAUUGCACAUUGCUGCCAAUCAAGGUCAUCAAGAUAUUGUAAAGUUGCUGUUGGAUCAUGAUCCGGGACUAAGCAUGACGAUUGGCCAAUCAAAUGUAACUCCUCUUAUAUCUGCAGCCACAAGAGGGCAUGUAGCAGUGGUUGAGGAAUUACUCAAAACGAAUUCUUGUUUGUUAGAGAUCACCAAAUCCAAUGGAAAGAACGCAUUACAUUUUGCUGCACGCCAGGGGCAUAUAGAUGUUGUUAAAGCGUUGCUUCAAAAGGAUCCACAGCUUAUACGAAGAACUGAUAAGAAAGGACAAACUGCACUGCACAUGGCUGUAAAAGGCACUAGCUGUAGAGUGGUAAGGUUUCUUCUGCAAAAAGAUGCAGCGGCUGUUAUGCUUCCCGACAAGUAUGGUAAUAAUGCUCUACAUGUUGCCACAAGGAAAAAGAGGGUUGAGAUAGUGAAUGAGCUAUUGCAGCUCCGUGAUACAAAUGUUAACGCAAUGACAAGAGACAAUAAAACAGCACUUGACAUAGCUGAAGGGCUUCCUCUCUCUGAAGAAAUUGCAGAGAUAAAGGAAAGCUUGGCCCGUAUUGGUGCUAUUAGAGGAAAUGAACUGAAACAGCCACGUGAUGAGCUUAGGGAAACUGUCACAGAAAUUAAGAAAGGUGUACGCACACAGCUUGAACAAGCUCGGGAGACUAACCAGAACAUGAAUGGUAUUGCCAAGGAGCUUAGGAAGCUCCAUAGAGAAGGAAUCAACAAUGCUACUAAUUCAGUCACUGUUGUCGCUGUGCUGUUUGCUACAGUUGCCUUUUCAGCUAUUUUUACAGUUCCUGGAGGGGAUGAUGAAGACGGAAAGGCAAUUAUGGCAGGCACCGCAGCUUUUAAGAUUUUUUUCAUCUCUAACGCUGUUGCACUCUUCACAUCCUUGGCUGUCGUGGUUGUACAAAUCACAGUGGUCAGGCGAGAAGUAAAAUCUGAAAGAAGGGUUGUUGAGGUGAUCAAUAAAUUGAUGUGGUUGGCCUCUGUUUGCACCACACUUGCGUUUGUUUCAUCUGCAUACAUAGUUGUUGGAAAACGUAACAGGUCUGCUGCAAUUCUAGUUACAGCUAUUGGAGGAAUCAUUAUGGCCGGUGUUCUAGGUGCCAUGACUUACUACGUGGUGAAAUAUAAAAUGAUAAGGAAAGUAAGGAAAAGAGAGAAGUAUUCAAGGAGUUCUGGGAACAAUUCAUUGCGUAACUCAGAUUUUUCUGAUUCGGAAGUCAACUCAAUAUAUGCAAUCUGAUGACUUCCCUUAACUUGGGCUGCUGUCCUUGUUGUUUUAUUUUUUCUUUCUCGUGAGGCCCUUUGAAGAUACAAGGGCUGCAAAAAGAUCCUAGGAAGUCUCCGUUGUAAAUAUUGGAGUUGCAAUUAAGCACUGUUGUAUAUGGACAAAUCCCUUCAAACUGACCUAUUUUUGUAUACAAGGGCAUACACACAUAGUGUAUGUUCGGGCGUUUUGUAUGAAUGCCAAGUUGCUGAGUUUUCCUUCUUUUCA